AGAUGAAAACUGCUCAUUGGAUCAGCCUCUUUAAUAAAACAGACAGAUCAUCAUCCGACAAAAACAAGGCUAUUAUGAAUGCCUUGUCUCGCAAGUUAAACAUUAACGAAGAGUACAAACAAGCCUUCAGAACCACCUCCUUCAUUGAAUUCACAACCACCUACAAAGACAAUAACACGUCGUCGUCGCCACCGCCACCGCCAUGUCGGCUCGAACCAGACCAAAAGCUUCUUCACGACAUGCUUCGGAGCUGUAAUGGCCGCCAUGUCCACCCUCUUCUACUUGAAUAUUUCGAAGCCAGUUUUCAAGCUUUCAAAGCUUGCCAACUUCUCCUUCAAGCUGUCCAUCAAACACGCAUCAACCACGCCGUUGUCAAGCUCGCCACCACGGCUUCAAUGGCCGACGACGACAAUCAAAGCUCCAAUAAUAAUGGAAUGGUUUAUAAGGAGUUGUUUCUUAGCUUACACGACCUCCAUUCCGAAUUGCUUCGUAAACUCUCGUGUUUACGGAACGAAACUCGAAAAAAGUUGAGGUUAAGAUGUUUUAGGAAGAAAGUAGCCACAGGUUGUUUCGUGAUAUCGAACGCGGCGGUUCUAAUCACGCUACUAGUUUUGGCAUUGCAUAGUCUUGUCGGGAUCGUGGCGAUGCCAGGGUUGAUCGUUUGCUUCGUAGGUUCUUUGAAAAAGAAGAGGAGAGAUCAUAAGGGGAUUCUACGACAAAUGGAGAUUGCGGCGAGGGCGACGUAUAUAACCAUGAAUGAUUUGGACACGUUGAGUCGGAUGGCGGUGAGGCUCGAUGGCGAGGUGGAGCAUCUCAGGGCGGUGGGCGGGAUGUGGAUGAGAAGCGGCAGAAUGCGUGAGAUAUUGAAGGAGUUUGUUGAAGAAGAUGACGCCAUUGUUGAGCAAAUGAAGGAGCUUCAACAACAUAUAUAUUUGUGUUUUGUUACCAUAAACAGGUCUAGAAGACUUGUUAUGAAUGAAAUUGUGGAAGCUAAGGAUUGAACGGAUGGUUGAUGAAUAUAGA